ACUCUCAUACACACGACUACAUAAACAGGGUCACAAAUGUACUGUAUCUAAUAAUUAUACUUUAUAUGUAUGCAUACAGUUGGCGAAAAUCAUAAUGAUAUGUGUCAAUCGCUAAAUUUGAAGUGCUUGGGAAUCAACUGCGACAGAUAUUUGUUGUCGGUAGGACCCUAAGCACGUGUGCUUGUCCAAGAUUCUACUGGAUGCCUGAUCUGAUCGCAAGAGCUACUACUAGCAAAUGGCUGCGUCAAAGACAACAUUAAAAACUCUGUUUGGAGUUUAUGGUGUCAUUCACAGACGGACUCUGUUAUUGCCAUCUACCCUAAGAUGCCCAGUUAUACUGAGCACCAGGAGCAUCUAUGAGCGUGAUUACCGCAGACCAGGCCAGCCUCCAGACACCCGUUGGCCCUGGCAAAAGAUACGAUUUGAUUUCUCCAAAGGUGUCGAGGGUAUCAAGAAGCACAUUGGGUUGCUUAAGGAUGAGUUUGUCCAGCGCUGGACUGGACCUGAAGGAAGGCCGCUAAUAGAGCACAUGCUGGAACAGACACGUGUCCAGUGGGAGUUCCGUGGACCGGAGAGUCUCAAUCAGUGGGUGGUGUCAUCCGAUCAGGAGAUUGGGGGUCGCAGUGAGGCAUACAUCAAACUGGGCAGGAACAACACCACAUGUUUGCUGUACGGGACCUUGUGCUCCACGCCUCCCCGUGAUGGAGAGACUCGAUACAGUGGAUACUGCACUCUGCGCUCCAAACAACCGCUGGCCUCAUUUGACAGAAAAAAGCAGUAUGACUGGUCAAGUUUCAAUACAUUACAUAUGCGUAUCCGGGGAGAUGGAAGACCGUGGAUGGUAAAUGUGUCUGCUGAGACCUUCUUUUCUCAUCAGAGAGAUGACAUCUACAGUUACUUCCUCUACACUAGAGGGGGACCCUACUGGCAGGAUGUCAAGAUUCCAUUCUCCAAGUUUUUCCUUUCCAGCCGGGGAAGAAUACAGGAUGACCAGCAUGUCCUCUGGUUAGAUAAGGUAAAGAGUAUUGGUUUUACUUUGGGAGAUAAGGCAGACGGCCCAUUUCAGCUUGAGAUUGACUUCAUUGGUCUGUGCAAUGACCUUGCCCACACAGAGGAGUUUGCAUAUGAGCUUUACAAGAGAAACCCAGAGGUCUAGUUGGAUUAAACAACAUUCAGCAAUUGUAGAGAACAGACAGACACAGCUUUAUUAAUAAAAACUUAACUGGA